AUGAUCCACGGAGACAACAAGGGUCUCGUUCUCCCUCCUAUGGUUGCCCAAUAUCAAGUUGUCAUUGUCCCCUGCGGUCUCACCGCAAAGACCGCCGAUGAAGAGCGCAAGAGGCUUUUCCAAGGUGUCAAGGACAUGGCCACAACUCUGUCUCAGGCUGGCAUCCGCGUCAAGGCAGACACCCGCGAAACCUGUUCUCCAGGAUACAAAUUUAACGACUGGGAAUUGAAAGGGGUUCCAGUGAGAUUGGAGUUCGGACCCAAGGAUAUGGAGAAGAAGCAAGCCCUUUCUGUUCGUCGCGAUACUGGUGUCAAGGCCGGUAUCCCCCUAGGUGGCCUUGCCGAAAAGGUCCAGACACUCUUGGGCACUAUCCAGAAAGAGCUUUAUGAUAAAGCAAAAAUGGCAUAUGAUGAGCAUACCAUUAUUGUCAAGAAAACGUCAUUCUCAUGCCGCAUUGCUAGCGACCAGGAGGAAUGUGAAGACAAAGUCAAAGAACGUAGUAAAGGCCAUAAUGACGACGACGCCCCAGAAGACGCAAAAGCUCCAUCCAUGGGCGCGAAGUCUCUCUGCAUCCCAUUCGACCAGCCGAAAGGUGACGACGCCAUCAUCUCGGGAACAACAAAGUGUCCGCAGUGUGGUGAGAACGCUAAGGUCUGUUCCUUCCACUUGCACCUUUUGAAAAAGAGAUAUAUCCUAACGGCACAAAUAGCAUUACACCCUCUUUGGCCGAUCCUACUAGACACGGUUACUUCUACAUUAUACCUGAUACCUUUUUCUUUUGUUUUUCCACUCUUAUUUCAUUAA